UGUGAGACCCUCCUCUAUGGUGAGACACCGCUCUUUGAAUCAGAAUUUUAUAGUCGGCAAAGCAUCCUAGAUGAAAUAUCACACCAUCUGAAGUAGCUGUUGAGAGGCAAAGAAAAGCAGCCGAGCAGAGUCAGGCUCUGUGGUGAUGAUGGCAGACGACAGCAAGCCGAGAGAGGGGCAUUUCGCGGCGUUGAUCCUGGCUAGAGGUGGCAGCAAGGGGAUCAAGCUCAAGAACAUCAAACUUCUUGCGGGACAACCUCUUAUUUCGUGGGUCUUGAGGGCUGCAGUUGAUUCUGGAGAGUUCGACAGUGUUUGGGUAUCUACAGACCAUGAUGAAAUUGAACGAAUUGCUAUUGAAUGGGGGGCAAAAGUUCAUCGGAGGGCGGCCGAAACAUCGCGUGACCAGUCAACGUCCAUCGAAGCUGUUCAUGAAUUUUUAAGAUUUCAUCCAGAGGUGAAUUUCAUUGCUCAAAUACAGUGCACAUCCCCUUGUUUGCACCCCUGGCAUCUUCAAGGACCAUGUCGUAUGAUACGCCAUGAGGGUUAUGAUUCAGUGUUUGCAGUCUCAAGACGUCACCUCUUCAGGUGGAAGGAGGUCACAACCAGAGGUGAAGUGACAGAUCCUGAGAACCUGAACCCAGCCAAGAGACCUCGUCGUCAGGACUGGAACGGAGAGCUCUACGAGAACGGCUCCUUCUAUUUUGCGACUCGAGAACUGCUUAUGCAAGGGCUUUUCCAAGGUGGAAAGGUUGGCUAUCUUGAGAUGGGUGCUGAGUACAGCGUGGACAUUGAUACCGACAUUGACUGGCCAAUCGCCGAGCAGCGGGUCAUCAAGUUUGGUUAUUUCGGGAAGACAAAACCCCAAGGAGUUCAACUCGUUGUCUUCGCUGCCGAUGGUGUCCUCACAGAUAAUAUGGUGCACAUCACUGCAAGCGGGGAGGAGUUUCGAUCAUACAACCUGAGUGACUCUAUCGGCAUCCAAUCACUGUUGAGUAAUGGAGUUACCGUGCGAAUAUUAAGUACCGAGGAGAGUGUGAAUCAUGACAAGUAUGCCAAGCAGCUGAAGGUCCCUCUGGUCAUGGGAUGUAGGGACAAACUGAGCGUCAUUGAACAGUGGAGGUCAGAGAUGGGGCUGGAGUGGACGCAGAUAGCUUUCAUGGGAUGUGACACCCCCGACAUUGAAUGUCUGAAACGAGCGGGGGUCAGUGGUACCCCAGCUGAUGCCCAGCCGUCUGUUUUAACGGCUUCUCACUUCAUCUCCAAGCUUAACGGCGGACGCGGGGCCGUCAGGGAUUUCUGCGAGUACGUCCAACUGGUUAUGGAGAAGGCCAAGUCGGCAGUUGAACAGGAGGAAAGUAACACCACCAAAUAAAUCCGGAUACUGUACUCCAUCUCUGGAUCUGGAUAUAUUAUACUCCGAUAAAAACGGAUAUCCGCAUCGCAUGAGAGUUUUAUGACCUGACCAAUGACCUAGUGGAGAUGUCUACGUAGUAUGUCCACGUAGUAUGGACUGACUCUGUGUUUUCUGCUGGGACAACUCGUGGGGAGAAUGGGAGCGGCUGAUCCCACAGAACAACCUCUUUCCUUCACCAGCCCCCCCCCCCCCCUCCCCAUUAUCUGGAUCUAAAAAGCCUGGAGGAAAUGUCCCCCUCUAGAAUCACAUGUCUGUGCAAAUGAUACAUUCCAAAUUAAGGUUACCAGGGCUGUACGCUUCGUUUUUAAAAGGGCAAGGGCACCAAGGCAUUUUCUUUUUGGUAAAGGGCACCCUAUGAUGAAAUUGCAAAU